GCAUGGCGCUGCCGUGUCAAGUUUUCGUCGCCUUAAUUUGACGCCCGUGAUAAUCCAGCCUAAAGAAACCUUACCGCAAGCCAGCUGAUACAGCUUGAAAAUUAAGUAACAUUUCGAUUCUGUUUCAGUGUUGUGUGAUAGCCGUAACAAAUGUUCGGAACAUUGGUAUCAAUGCUCUUCAAUGCCACCAGGCAAAUUGCUCCUUCAUUCAUUGGAAAACAACUCCAUUCGACAUCUUUGAAAGGGAUUACAAACGGAUUAUGUGUAUCGAGUGUCAAUGCUACGGCAGGAGGAACCUGGGCCUUAAUUCCUGUUAGGAACAAGAUCCGCUGGCACUUCCCAAAGGCUAGAGAAACUAUUCGAAUUGUAAGACAUGGCUGGAAUACAAGAAUGUCUACACCAAAUGGGCGGAGAAUUUUAAUGCGAAGGAUACUUAAAGGGAGACAUGUCCUUAGUCACUGAAUAAAACAAACAAUUGAUUAUUAGAUGGUAUCAUAAUUAUCACUGUAAAAAUUUAGUCCUUGCAAUAAAUAAAUGUUCGACGCUUCACAGGUGUGACCAA